AUGGCCGGUACAUGGCGACCACAAAGAGUCGACGAUCAUUCUAAGGCUAUAUCAUCACAUGAUCUUUGGAUAUGGCAUGCAUUCUAUGGUCUAGCUUGUGCAAACAAUGACAUCAAUGUGUUAGACCAGUCGCCAGUAUUCAACGAUAUCUACCUUGGAAAGUCGCACGAUGUACCUCUUCAAGCAAAUGGGGUAACAUAUAAAUGUGGAUAUUAUCUUACUGACGGUAUAUAUCCUCCCUUGUCUGUUUUUGUGAAAUCGUUUACAUGUCCUAACGACCUGAAAAAGAAAAAUUUUAAAGAGGUGCAAGAGUCAACUAGGAAGGAUGUGGUCCAUGUGGAGCGAACAUUUGGUAUACUUAAGAGGCGUUGGCAAGUACUAGCAGUUGGGGCAAGGUCAUAUGAAGUGAGAAGGUUACAACACAUAAUGUAUGCAUGUAUCAUAUUGCAUAAUAUAAUUCUUGAAGACGAAGGAAGAACGAUAUUUCGGUACAACAAAAAUGAAGUUUUUUCAAAUGUCGAAGGAGUAACCGUUGGUACACAAGAGUAUAUGGAAAAUCGAAGAGAAGUACACAAUCGCGACAUUCAUCACGCCCUUCAUGCUGAUUUAGUGGAGCACGUUUAUAGGGCUCAUAUUCAGCCGCCGAUAGAGUAUUGUCAUGAUGAUUUGUUUGACGAAUCAGACGAGGAUUUUGAUAUGUUCGUCAAGAGCGAAGAUUUCGAUGAUGAGAGUGACGUUCAGGAGAAUGAUGAAGAUGAUGAGAUCGAUGACGAGGACGAUGAUUCCGAGUGA